CGACAUAAUAAUGGCAGACCCAGGAAAGGGUCGAGGUCGAGGCUUGGCCUUGCUUCAGGCCCUUAAGUCACAAAUGAUGGAAUCGCCACUAGCAUCUGAAGAGCCAACUUCAAAACCUGCACCAGCGCCAAGUAUUGAUCCUAGUCAAGUUGGUUCACCAAGUCCUAGCUUAGGUGGGAGGGGUAAGAUGGCAGCUAUGUUACUUUCUAAAAUACAGCAGAAACCUGGAGAACCCACAUUCACCCCAGCAUCAGAUGUAAGUCCCACCCCAGUUCCAGGAAGGGGUGUUGGACGUGGAUUAAGCCUUCUAAAAAGUUUGAAAGCUUCACAAGCUGCAAAACCAACAGCAAAUCUUGGCAAUAGCAGUGUUGAUAGUUUGACAAAAAAAAUGGCUUCUAGUACAGUAUCAACUGAAGCAAAUUCCUCACAAGCUUUAGUGGGGAAAAAUAAAUACUUUAAAGAAGUGAAAGAUACUCCACCAGUGGUUAAGAAGGGUGAAACAGGGACGCCUUGCGAAGUAACAGCUAAUUUCAUCUAUUUGAACUUUGAAGAGAACAAUGUUUUCGAAUACGAAGUCAGAUAUGAUCCAGAUCAAGAUUAUAAGCAUCUGCGCUUUAAACUUUUAAAUGAACAUAACCACUUCUUCAAAGAAAAGGCAUUUGAUGGUACAACAUUGUAUGUACCGCAUAUGCUGCCAGAUGAAGCACUUAACCUCGUUUCAACUAACCCUUUUGAUGAAAGUAAAGUGAAUAUAAAUAUAAUAUUCCGCCGUACGCGACGCCUGAGCGAGAUGAUACAAAUAUACAAUGUGCUGUUCAAACAUAUAAUGAAAGAUUUACAACUUGUUCGCUUCGGACGGCAGCACUUCAACGAGCACGCUGCGAUACAGAUACCACAGUAUAAGCUAGAAGUAUGGCCAGGCUAUGUGACAGCGGUAGAUGAAUACGAAGGUGGUCUCAUGUUGACACUGGACUCCACCCAUCGCGUGCUUAGGACGCAGUCAGUGCUCUCGCUGAUCAAGGAGACCGUUCAAGCUGAAGGCGCUAACUGGAAGAGGGCAAUGUCAGACAAGUUGAUAGGCUGUUCAGUUAUGACCAUGUAUAACAAGAAACUCUUUAGAGUCGACAGCAUAGAUGACACAAUGAAUCCAAGAUCGACUUUCGAAAAGAAUGAAAAGGGUGUAAUGGUGAAACUCAGCUACAUGGAGUACUACAAGAAGAAUUACGGAAUUGAUAUUUUGGACGUUGAUCAACCGAUGCUUAUUUCGAGAGAUUCUAAACGAAUGCCAGGGUCAGAAAAGCCAACUGACUUCAUGAUAUGUCUCGUGCCAGAACUCUGCCAGCUCACAGGACUCACUGAUGACCAGAGGAGCAACUUCAGACUUAUGAAAGAUGUUGCCACAUAUACGCGUAUAACUCCCAGUCAACGGCACGCAGCUUUCAAAAAGUACAUCCAAAACGUUCUUAGUAACGAGACAGCGAAAAAUCGACUUAAAGGAUGGGGUCUCAGCAUAGCUCCGGAGACUAUCAAUUUGACCGCCAGAAUUUUACCGCCAGAGCCAUUGUAUUUUGGCAAUGAAGUUAAAGUGCCUGGCAAGACUAAUGCCGAUUGGAACGUAGAUAUCUCAAGGAAUGCAGUGAUGCAGGCUGUUGAUAUAAUGAGAUGGGUGGUCUUGUAUACUGACAGGGAUACACAAGUUGCAACGGAUUUCGUUGAAACUUUAAAGCGGUGUAGUCGCCCAAUGGGUAUAACCGUAUCCAAACCGGACAUGAUCCGCCUGCCCAAUGACCGAACAGACACCUAUGUCAUGGCUCUGAAGAAAUGUAUCACGACACAUUUACAAUUAGUUGUCGCCAUAUCGCCGACCAUGAGAGACGAUCGCUACGCUGCCAUUAAAAAAAUAUGCUGUGCAGAUAACCCAGUGCCCUCGCAGGUCAUCAACGCCCGAACUCUCAUGAACAGUCAGAAGAUUCGCUCGAUAACCCAGAAGAUCCUGCUCCAGAUGAACUGCAAGCUGGGCGGUACGCUGUGGAACAUCAGCAUCCCGUUCAAGUCGGCCAUGGUGGUCGGCAUCGACGCCUACCACGACGCCGCCCGCAAGCGCCGCAGUGUGUGCUCCUUCAUUGCUUCGUACAAUCAGACCAUGACCCACUGGUACUCGAAGGCCGUUUUCCAAGAGCGCGGUCAGGAAAUCGUGGACAGUCUCAAGUCCUGCCUCAUCGAAUCGCUCAAACACUAUCUACGAGUCAACGGAAGAUUACCUGACCGAAUCAUUAUAUACAGAGACGGAGUCGGAGAUGGCCAGUUGAAGCUCGUCCAGCAGUAUGAGAUACCUCAGAUGCAGAUCAGCUUCUCCCUCGUCGGGGAGACUUACAAACCGACUCUUACCUACAUUAUCGUGCAGAAGAGAAUCAACACGCGUUUAUUCAUGAAGGCUGGACAAGAAUUUGCUAAUCCCCACCCGGGUACUGUCGUUGAUCACGAUGUUACUAGACGAGAUUGGUAUGAUUUCCUGAUAGUUUCACAAAAGGUCAACCAAGGAACAGUCACUCCAACCCACUAUGUUGUAGUCCACGAUGACAGUGGAAUGACUCCAGAUCAGUGCCAACGACUGACAUACAAAAUGUGCCAUUUGUAUUACAAUUGGCCUGGCACGGUUCGAGUGCCGGCUCCAUGCCAGUAUGCACACAAACUGGCAUACCUCGUGGGUCAGAACCUACACCAGCAGCCGUCUGAAGCACUUGCCGACAAGUUAUUCUUCUUGUAGAUUUUAUUGACAUUUUUUAGUAAGUAAGUAUUGCAUUUAAUUAUGUCGCUGUUAUUGACAUUAUCAAUACAAAUUAUUAUGCCAAGUAAGAAAAGGUCUAUAGUUCUUUCAACGUAUGUCUAGAAAUGUUAUCUCAACAAUGAUUAUAAAAGUUUUUGUUCUAAAAAAUUUAAUACA